UAUUUCCUCUCUUCAGGUGAUUUAAGUCCAUUAUCUUUCACUCUGACUGACUCCCUCAACAGUGUGUGGAAACUACUGAACUAGGGAGCUGAUUGAGAGGCAGACAGAUUUAGUUUGGACUUAUUUUUCUAGUGUUAAUUAUUCUCAUCUUAAACAGAAAAUCCCAACUGAGAUCCAUGUGACACACUAUUAUAAAGAUGGCCUUUAUUAAAGAGGAGCGUGAAGACAUGAAGAUUGACAAAACAUUCAGAAUCAAACAUGAAGAGACUGAGACACACACUGUUAUAAAGAUGGAGUUUAUUAAAGAGGAGAGUGAAGACAUGAAGAUUGAAGAAACAUUCCGAGUCCAACAUGAAGAUACUGAGAAACAAACAGACCUGAAAGUGAAGAGUGAAGAACUGGAUGAAAUUCAAGAUAAAGAUCAGUAUAAAAAACAUCUUGAUUUCAUAUCUGGACAAAAAUCAUUUAGUUGCUCACAGACAGCAAAGACUUCCUCAGAAAAAAGAGCUCAGAAGGCUAGAUCUAGAAGUCACUUCACGUGUCAACAGUGUGGAAAGAAUUUUGACCAUAAAGGAAAGCUGAGAGUCCACAUGAGGAUUCACACUGGAGAGAAGCCUUACAGCUGCAAACAGUGUGGAAAGAGUUUCAAUGAACAUGGACACCUUAAAGUCCACAUGAGGAUUCACACCGAGGAGAAGCCUUUCACCUGUCCUCAAUGUGGAAGGAGUUUUUCACAUAAAUGCACUUUGAAUGCCCACAUGACAAUUCACACAGGAGAGAAGCCUUACACCUGCAAACUGUGUGGAAAUAGUUUCUUUGAAAGAGGAAGCCUUAGAAGGCACAUGAGGAUUCACACUGGCGAGAAGCCUUACACAUGCUCUCAGUGUGGAAAGAGUUUUACUCAAGGAGGAAGCUUUAACAGGCACAAGAGAAUUCACACUGAAGAGAAACUGUUCACCUGCCAACAGUGUGGAAAGCAUUUCAAUCAAAAAAGAUACCUUAAUAGCCACAUGAAAAUUCACACAGAGCUGUGGAAACAGAGCAAGUCUCAAGGAAGGAGAUCCAGAAGGAUAAAAGGAGGAGUGAUGACUGUGCAAGACGAGAGCGGACAGGCCAAGGGUCUAAUUUAUAAACGUUCCGUACACACAAAAUAGACAUAGAAAUUGCGUAUAAACUUUAAAAAAAUAAAUAAACUUUGUGUAAAUAUGUACGCACCUUACAGAUAUGCUAGACCAUGAAUACACACUCUUUUCCUGGAGUGAGAAUUAUUAUUUUAAAAUCUGUUUUCAUUUCAAUAUAGACAUUUACAUUAAAUAUUCCACUCUCAUUAAUAUAAAACCAUGCGUUCGCAAAAUCUAGCUUUUGUGCAUACAUACAAUUUUAGGAUGAAAUGUAUGUAGAGUUAUGUAAAUGAGACCCCUGGGCUUCAUGUUGUGCUUUAUUAUGUUUAUUUUUAUGCAGCAGUCGUUCUUGAUGGGCUGCUGCUUUACUUGCAUUUUAUUGUUUGUUUGUCUUAAAGUUGUGUGAAUAUUCAGCGGUUCCCGUGGCUCUCAGCCCUGCAUGCCACAUGUAUCGGGUGCUUCUCAAUAAAUUA